AUGGCAGGAAACGUGUCCAGUCUGAGCCUAGAAGGCUACAUGCAGGUGCUGGAAGCGCUGACGGGCGGUAACCCCGGCACAGGCAGCGCGGGUGGCGCGUGCAGCCCGAUGUCAUCGGUUGUGCGGGCUGUCACGCCAAUCGAGGAGCACUUUUUCAAAGUUGGUGACCUGCGUCAGCAGCAGCUACAGCCGGCGCCGGCGGCAGCUUCUGGGCAGCCGCUUGACCAACAGGCUCUGCUGCUGGCGAUCCUACAACAGCACGGCCUUCUGCCGGCGGGCGCUGCGCUGCACGGCGGCCCCAGCGAGGCGGCGGUGCAGCAACCUCCGCGGCCGCCCCCAGACGACAAGCAGGCAGGCGCGGACGCCGGUGGCGGGGAGGGGACGCGCGUGCUGCUCACUCCCCAGAGGCGCCGCCGCGCCAGCAGCGGCGGCGGCGGCGCGACGCCAGGCGCAGACGGCGGCGCAGCGGAGGGCGGGGGCAGCGGCGGGGGCAGCCACGGGCCCCCUGAGCCGUCCGCCUGGCUGCGCGGCCAGCUGGCGGUUUUCGAGGGCCUGCCCGGCUGCGGCGCGUCGAGGGAGCCCCUGGAAGGCGCCGCGGCCUGCGAGGCGCUGGCGGGCCGGCGGGUGGCGUUCGUGCUCGUGGGGGAGAUGGAGGUGGCGGCGGGGCGCGGCGCGGUGCUGAAGCUGCCCCCGGGGCUGUUCCAGGGCCGCGCCAUCCGCUUCCUUGGGACCUCCUGCCGCUCCGAGCUCUGCGAACCCACAUGCCACGGGCCCCACUUCUUCUACUCAGCCAAGAUCAUCCCGCCGUCCCAAGAGUCCCUCGCAGCCAUGGCCGCGGCAGCGCCCGCCGUCCUCGGCUCGACGGCGGGCGUCGGCGGCGCGGGCGGGGCGACAGAGGAGGCAGCGGCGGCGGCGGCGGCGGCGCAAGCCGGGUACGCGGCCGCGCUGGGGCGGCCGAUUGAGCUGGAGCUCGACCUGCACCCGCGGCUGAGGCGGCUGGCGGCGCGGCAGCUUCUGAGCCUCGAGCCAGACCAACUGCAGCGGGCGUGA